GAUGUCAUUGAAGCAAACCAAAUUUACCUAAGAAAACUACGAAGCUCUUAAGAAUCGCUUCAACGAAGAUCUGACGUUUUUUGUUUUCGAGGAAAAGUCUUACGUCGGCAUGGCGACAAAGUCCCAAAGGUACUUGCGCAGGCGCGGAAGCAACGAAGUCACGUACGGGCACGUCGUUCACGGUGACCCUGACCUUGAGGUCAAGGUCGAAUCACGCACCUUCCGCGUGCACAAGGUCGUCCUCAUUCAUACCUGUGGCUACUUCGACGCCAUGUUGGAGUGCGGCAUGAGAGAGAGCCUCGAAAACUACGUCGAUCUUCAGGGCUUCGACGCCGACGCUUUUGAAAUCAUUCUAGACUUUCUCUACUCCCCCGAGCCAGUCAUUAUAGACGAGAAUUUAGACUACAUUCUAGAGUUGGCUAACUUCCUCCAAGUCCACCCAUUGCUACAGUAUAUGAAGGGAAAGGUGAAUAAGGGAAACUGCAUACACCUGUACAUCCUUGCCGACGCUUACAAUGCCAUAGAGCUCAAGGAAGUGGCGGGAGACAUCAUCAGUAGAAACUAUUACAAGUUCCUGCGCACUGAGGACUUCAAGCGGCUGCUACCGGAACAGCAGGAAGAGGUACUGCGGGAGAGAUUUAAACAUCGGAAGUAUCUUGGAGCCGUCAACAACGGAUACGUGUUCUGGCCAGAGCCAGGGCCUAGAGAGCUUAUGAAGUACGACGAGAAUAAGGAUAGCUGGAGCACGUUUGCCUGUAAACCUGACGACAUCCCCAGUCGAGGUUUCUCCGUGGCCACUAUACACAACUACAUCUACAUCGCAGGCGGGCACGGCAAGCCUCGCUCCGGGCAUGCUUCAGGUCUGGGGGACCCUCAAAUCACCGUCUACACCUACAACCCACUCACUGCUGAAUGGGCCGAAGUGUGCUCCAUGGGCGAGGCUAGGGCUUUCUUCGGCUUCGUCGAAUACAAGGGACGACUUUACGCCAUCGGUGGCUUCCACUUUGACUACGGAGUACAGAGUGUAGAGCGUUACGACCCUUUGCAGGACAAGUGGACGUUUCUAGAACCGCUCCCUAACUUUGCGACCGACUACGGGAUGGCGGUGGUCUGUAAAGACGAGAUCUACAUCAGUUCUGAGGACUUUGACACGUCCACGUUCUCUCUGUUAAAAUACAGCCCGGUGUGGGACGAGUGGGAGGUUGUGUCAGAGUUACCUAGGGAACGAGACCGUCAUUGCAUGGCCUGCGUGAAUGACGUAGUCUACAUCUUAGGUGGGCACGUUCCCGGAGUAGACUGCUACGACGUCAGCACGAAGCAGUGGUUCAUGCUUGAAGAACAUCCAGCGACUGAAUCCAUCUCUUACGACAAAGGAUGCGGGGUCAAAGACGGAGUUAUCUAUGUCUUAAACCAUGAGGACACCGCCAGUUACAUAACUGACACAGAGACAUGGGUCCAGGGCCUGACGCCCUUUCCCGGCGGGUUCUAUCUAUCCACCGCUUUUGAAGUUUACUUGCCGGAGACGGACAGCGCUUGCAAAUAAGAUAUUUACUUUCCUAAACAGCAAUUUUGAAUGAAGGUAUCAGU